AUGGUGACGCUCCGUAGCCACACACGAGAGAAGGCCAGACGCUCGACUUGGGCUUUCCUCCCCCCAGAGAUCCGCCGCAUGAUCCUAGAGGAGAUCUCUCGCCAAAGACGAUGGAGUUGUGCGUCCACUGUCUGUAAAAAAUGGCAUGCCAUUGUUGCAACGAAAAACCUCAACCGACUUGAGUUGAACGGAGCAUCCGCCGAAGGCCUGUCGAAAAUCAUUCUGCAAAGACACCUCGUUCGGCAAAUUUACCUCAACAUCGAGCUCCCUGCCUAUACCUACCCCCAGUGUCGGGGUUUUGCUUCUUCUAGUGAACACGGCAAGCUCACCAAAGACGCACUACAAAAGCUAUCCAAGGCGCUCGCAGCCUGGGAGCCUACACAUCAUAUAACGUUGGAACUCAAUGCGUACUCACCGAAUGACACAGAUCACUGUUUCAAGAACCAUCUUUACGGAUUCAAAUACGAAAAUGAUGGAGAUCUUCUCGAGAAGCAGGAAGCCUGGGAUGAUCAACGCCACGGCUGGGUCAAAGGGAAGCAGAUGAGGCUUCCAACGACUGGAGCUAUUCAACAGCUGUUCAGUACAGUCAUCUCAGGUGUCCAGGGCGAGAGACCCCAAAAAGUUCCUGCAGUCAAAGGGGUUGUGAUCCGCCGACAAAUGCGACGUAAAAUCGACCGGCUCGCGCUCCCCAAAUUGCUAAAGCAGUUCCCAAAUCUCGAGAGUAUCAACUACGAGCCAUGGCGGGUUCUGUUCCACCAACCAGAUCUACUUGACUCGAGUUGUGAAAGAUGUGACCAGAUGUUGCAGGAUGGGCUUCCCAAAUGGCCCAAGCACGUCAAAUCAGUGACUAUUUUCGAGGACUUCAACGAACAGAUCAUGGAAGCUAUUCGGAGCGGCAUAGACCCGACCAUUAGUGGUACAUCCAUGCAAAUAGAAAACGGCCGCCGCACAAGAUAUGGGCUGGGGGAAGCAUUUGCCGUGAAGAGCCGUCACCUCGAACAUCUUUCUGUGUCGUUCAUGAUCGACGCUCGAGAUUUCUUCACAUCUUGCAAGAUGCUCAGUGACUGGCCUCGACUCCGAUCGCUGGUACUCACAACGCCGCUCAUGACGAAAGGGUCUCAACACCGUAUAUCGGACUUUUUGGUGAAGGCUGGCCAAGUUGCGCAAAAGAUGCAGCGUUUGAAGAGUCUCGUGAUCUGGCACUGUUCUCACGAUGAGGCCAGUGCGGUCAUCUUCCGCAAGAACAAAAAGAGUGGCAGGAAGGUACAUGGCUCAGCGACUCUCACAUGGCGAGGAACACGCGAUUUCGAUUUCAGUGAAGAGGUGGUUGAGACAUGGCAGCAAGUUGUCUGCACAUGUAAUUCUCAUCGAGGAUAUGUUGGCCAAUGCGACUCUCACCAACUCCUUUGCAGGAUCGAGCGAGUGGAGGGCGAAAUCAUAUCUCACGGCGAUGCCAUACAUCAUCUUCGUUUGCCUGAUGGUGUAAUUGAUCCUGCAUCGCUGCGGCAGAUACGCUAG